AUCCUAACACCAAAUGAACAUUCUCAAAGUCACUUCCUCCAUCCUCUUCUUCUCCUUCUUCUUCUUCUCCUUCUCAUACCUUGCAACCAGCACAGAGUCAUGCAAAAACUCCGUUUGCAGCCCCAACAGCCCGGGAAUUCACUUCCCAUUCCGGAUACAAAGCCGUCAGCCGGAGUCAUGUGGCUAUCCGGGUUUUGAUUUAUCCUGCAAUAAUGCAACCCAAACAGUGCUUCUGAACCUGCCUUAUUCAGGACAAUUCAUUGUCCAAGGGAUAGACUAUACCACACAGCAAAUAUGGAUCAAUGAUCCAAAUAACUGCCUCCCUAAACAGCUUCUUUCGCUUAAUCUCUCUGGUUCUCCCUUUAAGGGUGUAUAUCAUCAAGAAUUUUCAUUCUUUAACUGCUCCUCUGGUUUAUUGAAAGAUCAAUUAACACCUAUUAUUUGUCUUAGCGAUUCAAAUCACACAAUAUUUGCUACCUCGUCUAGAAGAGUUGCUGCACUUUUGUUAUCAGCUUGUAAGUUCAUUACAAAUGUUUCGGUUCCAGUUCAGUGGCCAUUUUAUGAGCAAAUAUUAUCCUCAGACCUUAAUGAUGAUCUCUGGCUAACUUGGGAUGAACCUUCUGGUUGUGGAAAGUGUGAGUCACGAGGAGGGCAGUGUGGGUUCAAAACCAAUUCAAGCCAGGAAAUUGUGUGCUCUAAUGUUCCUCAUCAGUCCGGAUUUACAAGGAGCAAACGCUAUGCCAUUACCGUUGGUGUUGGAGUACCGGGAAGUAUGUGCUUGCUAGGGCUACUAUGUUUUCUCUUUGGCAAGAUCGAAUCCUAUAAUGCUAGAAGACACAUUGAAAUCCCAGAAUUCAAUCCUACAAUUGCUCCACCGCCCAAAAUUAUGGUGGGCCUUGAUAGGCCCACAACAGAGUCAUACCCAAAAAUAGUUCUUGGUGAGAGUUGGUGCCUACCCAAGCCCAAUGACAACACUUGCCCAAUAUGUUUGUCAGAGUACCAGUCUAAGGAGACUCUAAAGACCAUACCUAAAUGCCAGCAUUGUUUUCACAUUGAAUGCAUUGAUGAAUGGUUUAGCUUGAAUGUUACGUGCCCCAUUUGUCGGAAUUCUCCCCAAUGAUUACCACCAGUGGAUAUUUCAUGAUAUUUUGGGAUAUAUUAUUUUUCCCUUUCAAUUCUAGGCUCUGUACAAAUGUUUUUUACAAAUUGUACUUUACUUUUCUUCCCUUGUUUGAGCCAUUGUUUCUUGAAUGGUCACGUCAUUUGA